AACGAGCGAUAGCUUGCAACCUAUGUAUUACGCUCAGAUCAUCAGUGUCCGAGUAAUUGCCGUGAGAAUAAGUUGGACAGGAGAGACGCAGUGAAAAUGGACACGACGACCGAUUUGCUGAGAAAACGUUCCGAGAACGAGAUCGAAGAUCAUCCUGAUAACCAGAGCAAUGUCGAAGAAAAGAAGCUGAAGUAUCCCAAGUCAAUUUUCUUCAUUGUCAGCAAUGAGUUUUGCGAGAGAUUUUGCUACUAUGGAAUGCGCACCGUCCUGGCCUUAUACCUGAGUGAUAUGCUGAAAUAUAGCGAAGACGACGCCACAAUGAUCUAUCACGUCUUCACCUGUUUCGUCUAUUUCUUCCCGCUGCUGGGUGCGAUCAUCUCCGAUUCAUGGCUUGGGAAAUUCCGUACCAUAUUAUACGUGAGCAUAAUUUACGCGGUCGGGCAGCUGCUUUUGUCCGCAAGUGCGGCACCUCCUUUGCAUAUACCUCAAAGAGCAUUUUCCUUACUGGGUUUAUUCAUGAUCGCGGUUGGUACAGGCGGGAUAAAGCCUUGCGUGUCAGCUUUCGGCGGCGAUCAAUUUAUUCUACCACAGCAGGAACGCUACUUGGCUACUUUCUUCUCUGUCUUUUACUUCUCUAUCAACACCGGCUCUCUUAUCUCCACCCUGCUUACUCCGGUAAUACGCGAGACAAAGUGCUUCGAAGAUAAUUGCUUCUCUCUGGCAUUUCUCGUGCCAGCCAUUCUAAUGAUCCUAUCAAUCGUUAUAUUCGCCGCUGGAAAACCGCUGUACAAAAUAGUGAAGCCCGAGGGCAAUCUCAUCGUCCAGGUUUCCAAGUGUGUUUGCCACGCAAUUCACAACAAGAUAAGGAAUAAAGGGAACAAACGCGAUCACUGGCUCGACCACGCGGAUGACACGUACGACAAUAAGCUAAUCGAAGACACUAAGGCUGCUCUGCGAGUCCUGAAACUGUUCAUCCCGCUGCCAAUAUUCUGGGCGCUCUACGACCAACAGGGUUCUCAAUGGACAUUCCAAGCAACGCGGAUGGACGGUCAGAUAGGCAGUUUUGUGCUGCUGCCCGAUCAACUGCAAGCCGUCAAUCCGCUGUUAAUCGUUAUUUUUAUACCUAUUUUCGAGACUUGCAUCUAUCCGUUUUUCACCAGGAUACACAUGAUUGACACGCCACUAAAAAAGCUCGUCGUCGGCGGAUUUUUAGCGAGCCUGGCCUUUGUCGCGGCCGGCCUCGUCGAAUUGGGACUUGAGUCAACACAUCCGGAAUUGCCGACACUGGGAUCCGCUCAAAUUCGGAUUUUCAACACAAUGAAUUGUCCAGUACAUCUGACUAUAAAUGAAAAGGCACCAGUUACCGUAAACCCACUAAGCAAGUGGGAGGAUUUAAAAGUAAAUGUGGACAAAAACGGCUCGAUUAUACUGAGCUACGAAGCAGAUUUCACAACUUGCAAAGAUAUGGGUUACGAUAUAAAUGAUACAUUUCCAAAAGGAAAUAUUACGGCCGCGGAAGCCACUGCGUCAUCUUGGGUUAUAACGCCCGAAGGAUUGACACAUUACAAGGACAAAGUGGAUAAACCGGACAGGGGUAAGCCAGUGGUCCGCAGUCUAAUCUACCUCGCACCCAACGUGAAUAGCACCAGUUUGAGAUUCGUUAGUCAAGACAAGACGAUAAUGUCAAUACCGGUUAAUAGAUCGUUACCUUCGGAACUGGUGCCAUUCGAUAAUCCAAGCGAGUACGACGUCUACCUGGGUACUGAGCUACUGGAGGAGAAAGUAUCCUUCAGACUUGGCGGCGUGUACACUGUAGUAGGGUCCAAAAUAUUUAAUGUGUCUGAUGUCAAUUCGCUUGUGGUUGCCGGCAAAACGAUCACGGUCACACCACCUAAUAAGCUGCACAUGGCCCUGAUGCUGCCGCAAUACAUCAUCAUUACGAUGGCCGAGGUGAUGUUCUCCGUAACGGGGCUGCAAUUUGCCUUCACUCAGGCGCCGGAGAGCAUGAAGUCCUUGCUUCAGGCAGGCUGGUUGCUGAGCGUGGCCUUCGGCAAUCUCAUCGUAGUGAUCAUAAAGGGUUCGCGUCCCUUCGAGCGACAGUUAUUGGAGAUUUUCCUAUACGCCGGCUUGAUGGCGGUGAUUAUAGCAAUAUUCGCUGUGAUGACUCUAUUCUAUAAAUACGUGGAACCACCGGAGGAUGAAGAUAUAGCCCUGGAAAGGAAAAAAGGAAGUGUCAAUGAGGGAUACAAAGAGGAAGAAAAAUGAUAGAAUAGAAGUGACUAAAGAAGGAAUUAUAAUUUUCAUGUUACUUCUAUUCAAACGGCAAGAGCAUUGUGCAACUCUAUUGAGAUACGAAGAAUAUAAAUGCUCUGCAUCUGUUUCAUCAAACAUCUGUUAUCGUCAAGUACAAGAUACAGAAACUAUUUUUAAGGUGUAAACUCACCUUGUU